CCGGGGUGGGGCCGUCCUUCGCCUCCGGGGGCUCGCCCGCCGGCGCCUCCCUCCCUGCCCGCUCUCCCCACGCCCGAUGCGCGCUGACCCCGCUCCCUGGAGCCCGGGGGCGGCCGGCGGGGGGUGUGGAGGUUGCUGAGGGGGUUUGUUCCAGGGCUCAGGGGUCUUUUCUCAAGUCUCUCAGAGCUGCAGAGCGGGGCUGCAGCGGGGCCCGGGGCUGUGGCACCGGGUCUCACCAAGGCAAAUCCCCCGCUCACGGCGGGUUCCAGCCGUUCCCAGCAGUGUCUUCCCGGCCCCGCAGCGUGCCCAGGACACGCUCAGGGGGCCCCGUGCGAGGUCUCUCGCUUACUUUUGGACUUGGACAGACCUAAUCUGUGAAGAUAAUUAAAGUUCCUGUGCUCUGGAUGCUCCCGGCGAUGCCGCCGCUGCCGAGCGCGGAGCGGGUGCGGAGCGCGGUGCAGCUGUACCGGUACCUGCUGCGCUGCUGCCGCCGCCUGCCCGAGGGCAGCGUCCGCCAGCACUACCGCCACGCCAUCCGACAGAGUUUCAAAGUUCAUGCUGAUGAAGAUGACCCUGAGCGAAUCCAGCAGAUCAUUAAAAGAGCCAUUGAAGAUGCUGACUGGGUGAUGAAUAAAGUAAGUGCCUCAGAUUGCACUUUAUAUGAACUUCCAGAACUGUUGUUUUUUCUCAGAUCUUGCCUGUGGCUGCAGAGGUCAGGGGCAAAACUGCGGCCUCUCUCCGCUGCCGAGUGUGUUCUGCGGGGUGAGAGCCCGGUGCCCCGGGGCGGAGCUCGGGCCGGUCCCGCCGCAGUGCCGCGCUCCGCCUGCAGUUCCGCGCUCGGCCGGCGGGUGGCGGUGCGGGCGCGCCCGGAGCGCUCUGUCCGCACGGAUCUGCCGCUGGUUCGGGCCUUCGGCCGGGGAGGGAACACGUAA